AGCCACUGGUUCCUUGCCCGUAGUAAACAUAGCCGCAAAGACUUCACGUUCCUCCACCGGGGCUAGAGUGCGCGCUCGACUCGCUAGUAUUGUCUGAACCUAUUGGAUAAAUCCAGAGUAUAGUUAGUGUUUAUUGGCUAAAAGGGGCGGAGGGAAAGUAGCCUGCGAGUUGAUUGGCGCGGACGUUCGCGGGAUAGUGUUUGUAGCGCCAGGUAGAGUCCGGUGUUUUCUAGGUGGGGAAACUGCAGGAUUCCUCGGGCUCCUACUGGACUUGUGGACGCCAGCUCCGUUCCGACCCUCGGGGGCGCCGCGGCCAACAUGUGGAAUAGUGGAUUUGAUGGAAACUAUGGGAGCUCUUCCUACUCGAGUGGUGGCUACACACAGCCCCCAGGGGGAUUUGGCACUCCUACUGCUUCUCAGGCCGAAAAGAAGUCUAGAGCCAGAGCCCAGCACAUUGUCCCUUGCACCAUAUCACAACUCCUUUCUGCCACCCUGGUUGAUGAAGUAUUUAAGAUUGGGGAGAUUGAGAUUUCACAGGUCACUAUUGUGGGAAUAAUCCGACAAGCAGAGAAGGCCCCAACUAACAUUGUCUACAAAAUAGAUGAUAUGACCGCUGCACCAAUGGAUGUUCGACAGUGGGUAGACACUGAUGACACAAGCAGUGAAAAUACUGUGGUUCCACCAGAAACCUACGUAAAAGUGGCUGGUCAUCUCAGGUCUUUCCAGAACAAAAAGAGCCUGGUGGCAUUCAAGAUUCUUCCUCUGGAGGACAUGAAUGAGUUUACUAUACAUAUCCUGGAAACGGUCAAUGCACAUAUGGUUCUAAGUCAAUCUAUCAGCCAGCCCUUGGCAGGAAGACCAUCUCUCAACACUUCUGGAAUAGGAGAUACAGGAGGCUUUGGAGGAAACAGCUUUAGCGGGAACAAUUUUAUGCCGGCCAAUGGCCUCACUGUAACCCAGAACCAGGUACUGAAUUUGAUUAAAGCUUGCCCAAGGCCAGAAGGCAUGAAUUUUCAGGAUCUCAAGACUCAGUUGCACAACGUGAAUGUGUCUGUAAUCAAGCAAGCUGUUGAUUUUCUCAGCAAUGAAGGCCACAUCUAUUCCACUGUGGACGACGACCACUUCAAAUCCACAGACGCGGAGUGACUGACAGCCAGUUCUGUUUUCACAAGGACCUUGACUCCUGCUGGGCAGCGAUUGGAAGUAGAGCCUGACUAGGUUUUCCACAGACACUCUCAGAUGCCCCCUCAGACUUUUUGCCCCACUAGCUCCUUUCGAAGCUCCAUGAACUCCAGGGAGUCAUUAACAUACCAAAUGCUUGUCAGCUAGCAAAAACUUGCAGGGAUAUUUGGCCCUGGAGGAGUCGGGGAAAAUAUUUAAAAGAGGACUUGAAAAACUGGCAUCUUAAAGCUUCCAUGCCUCAGGAGAAAAUGGGCAGGCCUGGGUGCCAGGGAGCCAGAGAGCAAGGUGAGACAAACCUUGUUUGAGGCGUGUGGCUUCCAGUAUACUUCAGACAGGCUGCUCACUUCCUCAGACACUGGGGGUGACUGGAUUGAUAAGUGUGUGCGUACUUGGAAAUGCAUCGUGCCGAACAACAGAAAGUAGAUUAGGUAUUGUACAAAAUAAACAUGUCCUUGCCUCUGUUCCACA